CAUUGUUCAUAAGUUUCCAGGCAUUCAUCAGUCGACUAAAUGGAUCAACGGGUAGCGAUCAUCGGAGCCGGAGCAAGUGGUCUGCUUGCCUGCAAGUAUACAAAAGAGAGAGGAUUUAGUCCUGUGGUGUUUGAAGCUGAAGACCGCAUUGGUGGAAUUUGGAAUCAUACCAUAAAGUCCACAAAACUUCAAACCCCAAAACAAACCUACCAGUUCUUUGAUUUCCCUUGGCCUAGUUCAGUGAAAGAAAUGUUUCCUACUCACACUCAAGUGAAGGAAUAUUUUGAAUCUUACGCUCAGCACUUCGACAUCUAUCAUUACAUCAGAUUUAACUCACAAGUCAUUAGCAUAGAUUAUGAUGGAGUUUCCCAAGACGAGAUGGAGAUGUGGGAUCUAUGGAGUGGGACCAGUAAGGCCUUUUCCCCUAAAGGGAAGUGGCUUGUUGAAGUGCAGGACACCAAGACAUGCUCCAGAGAGGUUUACAAAUUUGAGUUUGUUAUUCUUUGCAUCGGACGAUUUUGUGGCCUUCCAAACAUUCCAGAAUUCCCAGUAAAUCAAGGCCCAGAAGUGUUCAAUGGUAAGGUGCUGCAUUCCAUGGACUACUCUGCUAUGGACGAGGAAAGUGCAGAUAAAUUGAUUAAGGGAAAGAGGGUUACAGUCAUUGGUUCUCAGAAAUCUGCUGUAGACAUUACAGUAGAAUGUGCAGAUGCAAAUGGAGUCGAGCACCCUUGCACGAUGAUUCGAAGAACUGAUCAUUGGUUGCUUCCUACUGCCCAUUUCUUGGGAGUCCAUCUUGGUUACUUAUACUUCAAUCGAUUCGCUGAGCUUUUGGUGCAUAAACCUGGCCAAUCCUUUCUGCACACUCUUUUGGCCACCUUGCUCUCACCACUGAGAUGGGUUAUCUCAAAAUUUGUCGAGAGUUAUCUUAUGGGGAAACUCCCACUGAAGAAGCAUGGAAUGAUACCGGAACACAGCUUUUCUCGGGAUCUCUCUUCAUGCCAGAUAGGGGGGUUGCCCGAAAAUUUCUAUGACAAAGUGGAAGAAGGAAGCAUCAUAUUGAAGAAAUCACAGAAAUUCAGCUUCUGCAGAAAGGGUUUGAUCAUUGAUGGAGAAACUCAACCACUAGAAACUGAUGUUGUGAUACUUGCUACGGGAUACAACAGUGAUCAGAAACUCAGUAACAUCUUCAAAUCUCACAUCUUUCAGAAAUCUAAAAUGGUGUCACCAAACUAUUCUGUUUCCCUCUACAGGCAAAUAAUCCAUCCUAGAAUUCCACAACUUGCAAUAAUAGGAUUCGCAGGCCUCACGAAUCUGGGUUUCUCUGAGAUCAAAUGUCAAUGGCUAGUCCAUUUUCUUGAUGGAACUAUUGAAUUGCCAAGAAUAAGAGAGAUGGAAAAGGACGUCGCAUUAUGGGAAAACCACAUGAAAAAAUAUUCUGGCAGAUACUUCUGGAGAGGAUGCAAUGGCAUUGGCAUAUGGUACAAUGAUCAAAUCUGCAAAGAUAUAGGCUGCGAAUCAAGAAGAAAGAAGGGAUUUCUUGCAGAACUGUUUGAACCAUAUAGCGCAAGCGAUUAUGCAGGCCUUGGUCGCAAGAAAUGAUGAGCAUGAAGCCUUGUUGAUGGUGCAUGGAGAUUCCAUAAGCAUAAUACAAAGUGUCUUUCCAAGUGCAAAGAUCUGUGUUGCAAAUCCAGAAGAAAGAAGGGAUUUUUUGCAGAGUUGUUUGAACCAUAGAUUGCAAUGAAUUAUGCAGGUCUAAGUUGUAAGAAAUGAAAAUUUUGUUGGAAUAUCUUCCUCAAGGAGACGAGUCUUCUUGGAAGUAUGCACAUUAUAUAAGCAAGAAUGCAACAAAGAAAUUUGGUGGUUUCUUAUUCAAA